AUGGAUUCAAGGAAUCCAUAUAGCCAGUAUUCUGGUUAUGUAGACCUUCUUAACAGUCAAAAAGAAAAUGUUGUUCAGGAAAACUUUCCUUAUGAAAGUUUUCCUUCUAUUGUAAACAUUGGAGCCUCAGAAAUCCCUCCUUUCAGUUCCCAACAAUCUGAGGCUCCGUCCCAACCUGAUGACACACCAGUGGAGCGUCGGGAGAGAAGGAAAUGGACCCCAGCUGAUGACGAGGUUCUAAUUAGUGCCUGGCUAAACACAUUUGUUGUUGGAAAUGAACAAAAGUCAGGGACCUUCUGGAAACGAGUAGGAGAAUACUGCGCAGCAAGUCUUCAUGCUACAGAGGGUGGUGAGAAGAGAGAGUAUAUCCAUUGUAAGCAGAGGUGGCAUAAAUUCAAUGAUCUGACUAACAAGUUCUGUGGCGCAUUCGCAGCUGCAGAGAGACAAAUUAGCAGCGGUCAGAAUGACAAUGACGUUCUAAAGGUGGCUCAUGACAUCUUCUACUCUGAUCAGAACACGAAAUUUACCCUUGAGCAUGCGUGGUGUGUGUUGAGGUAUGAACAGAAAUGGUUAAACCUGAACACUCCUAAAGCUAGUGGCAGUUCAAAGAGAAAGACUGGUAAGGCCGGUUCCCAAUCUUCAACCACCAAUGUUGAUGACCAUGAGAUCCGGCCUGAAGGUAUCAAGGCUGCAAAAGCAAGAAGGAAUAAUGCUCAAGGAAAGGCUCUUGGGGACUAUAAGAGCAUGUGGGAGCUCAAGAUGGAAGAUUUGGUUAGGGAAGAAAUUGGACUGGAUUAUAGCUACACGCAGCCUUCUGAAUCGGAGGAGUAUGGUGAGAACUCAGUAGACAGUGGCUACAGCCAAACAGAAGCUGAUAUACUGCUGGACCAAGCUGAGAUUGAUGCCGCGCGGCUUCAGUACCCUCCACAGCCUGAGGUUGAGUUUGGAUUCCCGAAGGAAUGCUAA